CUUUGCUGUCUGCGUAUAUUUGGUAGACGAGUUACUUUAUAGAACCUACAUCUUAAUUGCGCGUAUUCCCAAUUACAAGAGGUGUACUCGACUGGCUUCAACGUUCUUGACAGACAGAACAAUGGAAUUCCUUAUUGCAGGCCGCCUAGGGUGCAAACGUUUGAACUUCAUAACUUCUUCACACCGUUACCGUUCCUAGAAGCACGAUGCCUUCCCUCUUAUGCUGUACUGGGGCUUACACAUCCUCCCCAGUUGGGACUCCAUGCUCGACUGAGCCUUUAUCUAAAUACGAUAAAAACGAUAAUGCAGUCUCAGUUGUGGCUUUACCUAACGGUGCAUCGAAGCCCCAACAUGGCAUCGUCUUUGACAACGCCUUGCUACCGGGCCAGCUACCGGAAACACCGCGUAGCGAGUCUCCAAGUCUAGAACCGGAAGCAAGGAGGAGCAUAUCUUUGCUUGGGUACACCGCAUGCCGUACUGGCGAGCGGGUGCUGCCACGGCCUGACCAGGCCACAGCAGAACGCCCCACACUCCUCGCGGCCUUGGACUUCCCGACCCACAUCCGAAUAGUAUCGACUUCCUUUGACGCAGACUUCCGAAAGUGCGAAGGGGCAGCUCCUCCCAGGCAGCCAGGUACUGCACCGCAGCAGCACUACCGCGAGGCCAGCACCCUUUACCCCGAAGCUGCUGGCUCCAGCGGCUCCGGCGGGGACCCGCUGGACCUAUCCGUGCUGCUGCCAGAAGCACACCUGCGCCAUGCCGUGUCCUUAAGCUCGGGCCACGGGCGCCUGUACAAGGUGUAUCCACGACAAGCGGCUGGGUGCGCUGCGAGCCUUGCGCACAGCGGGGAGACCCUAGCGUCAAACAUGCCUGGGAGCGUCCCGGAUAAGUUUAGGCAAGCAGCGGCGGCAGGAUGUUGUGUGCAGGCAGACGGACCUGCAACAGCAGCAGUGACGGCAACCGCGCCAUCACUCACGCCGCUUGCAUGGCAGCGGCUACGGGAGGAGAUCUCGCUGUCCGCAGAGUUGCCCCGGAGCUGUCCGCUUCUGCUGCUGCCGGACCGCCUGUACGAGCAGGCCGGUUCCGUACACCUGGUGUACGGCAGUGCUGUACCGGAUGGCUGUACAGACCUGUGGACGUACAUGCAGAAGAAGCACCAGCGGCGGCGGCGGCUGUCCGAGGGGUCUUGUCGCAGCAUCGUCCGCCAGGUCCUGCAGGCACUUCACGUGUUGCAUGCGGCGGGUUGGGUGCACCGCAGCGUUAGCACGGAGACCAUCUGGGUCUCAGAGCAGCAGCAGCAGCAGGGAGCGCCUUCGCAGCCAAGGUGCACCGCGACGUCUGGGCCAUCCCCCAGCUGCGACACCGUGUCCCCAGCUCCGCCGCCCUCAGUGCUGCAGCCGCCGCCACAUGCACAAACAGCAGCUGCUGCUGCAGCGACGACGAGUGAAGCUCCGGUAAGAGCACCGGUGGAUGCGGGUGAGAACGACCCACAGGAGCCGCAGCAGCAGGAAAAGCAGCAGCCGCAGCCACCUGCGCUUCAGGUGCUUGUCGGCGGUUUGUCCCAUGUGGCUCGGUUAGGAGGAGGAGGAGAUAGGCACCCGGAGGCGGCGGGGGGGACAUGCCCCACCACGGGCACGUUGCAGGAGUUUCAGCAGCAGCAGCAGGGGCCCAGGGAGGCGCUGCUGCGGCAGCUGGUAGGCUGUGCGUACCACCUGGCCCCGGAGGUCAUAUGCGGAGCGGGGUACGGGCAGCCCGCGGACAUCUGGGCCACAGGCGUGCUGCUCUACAUGCUGCUCACCGGCCGACCGCCCUUCCGGGGUGCCAACGAGCUAGAGGUCAUGACUCGCAUCCUGCUUGUCUCCGGCACUGUCGACUGCUCCACACAACACCACAGCGAUCACGAAGGCUCUGACGCCGGUGAGCACGGCGACACCACUACCCCCGGGAGCGGGCGGGGAGGGAUGCAGCAGCAGCAACACCCGCAGCCGCAGCGGAGGGACCGGUUGCAGGAGCUGGUGGUGCAGGCGGCGCUCGAGUCGGGAGCCAGUGGCGCGUGCCGCGAGGCGCUGGCGGGGAUGCUAGCAGCGGAUCCUGCGCAGCGGCUGAGUGCUGAGGCCUUGCUGCAGCUGCCGUGGUUUGCAGAGGAGGAGGGGAAGGGGAGAGGGUAGGAGCGGAAAGGGUGAGGGGCAGGCGGGCUGCUGUGCGCGUGCUUGUUGUUGCACAGGAUGCGUGGUUGCGGUUGAAGUAGAGGUGCGUUCGAGGAAGAUUGGUUGUUGGUUGGUUGCGUUGUCCCUCCUAUAGUGUCUUCAAAUGGAGAAGGAAGAAGGCGUGCUGCCUGAAAACUGGCAGCUUCUCCCACAAACGUCUUUUUUGGUUUGGCAGCCCAUACAGUUGUUUUUAUUUCCUGACACGUUUAUUUAGGUUUCCAUCCCCAUGUGAAAGGGUUGGGUAAAUGAUGGGAUGAAAUACUUAUGACUCCUGUCUUGCGCUUCACUUCCGCUUUGUCACUGACGAGGAUUCACUCUCAAUUCAUGGCUAACAUCUGGUGUGACGUCUUGGCUUUAUGGCUUCACAUGCUACGAACAUGUACUAUUGCUGGAUUGACAAGCAAGUGUGGUUGCUGCAUCGACAUGACUAUUGGACCUCUGUGGCGUGCGAUUGCUUGCAAAAUCCGGGGCAAUCUGCAUAAGGACCCGAUAUCUUUACUGGGUGUGCCGUAAGGCGAGAGCGCUGCAAGACUGUAUUGCGCAUAUGUUGCAUUUGGUGUGGGCAAACCUUACCAUGUAUAGGCCCGCUUGCUCGGACAGCUUGGACAUUUAUUGAUGACCGGUUGGUGGCUUGGUGCUGGUUUGUGUAUGUCGGGAUUGACCCCUGGUUCAGAGUGAGCUUUCUGUGUAGAUGCGGUAGUACUAUAGCAUACAAAGGUUAACAUAUUUCCAAUCCCGGCUGCAAUUGAGUUCGAUGCGGCGAAGCAGCAGUUGGACGUGAUGCCUCUAAUCUCGUCCAGGUGGUUACUGCUGGCAUCGCUGACCAAUUUAAAUAAUCAGCAGCUAAUGUACUAUUAUUGCAUUUUAUCUUGCUGUCAUAACACUACAUAAAGGCCCAGGUGGCCUUCGCCAGGAGCCGCAAGCCAUGUCGCAGACAACAUUGCGUCCAGGGCAGCGGGCCGCUAUGCUGCCCGCUGGUGCUCAGGGCCGCCGGAUGGUCAAGGUCAUGGCUGUGGCGGCCCCUGAGAAGCCUGGCGCUUCGGCACCUGUCUUGCCAGCCGGCCUGAACAAGUACAGCAGCCGCAUCACGCAGCCCAAGCACCAGGGCGCGUCUCAGGCUAUGCUGUACGCCACGGGCCUGAAGGAGGAGGACAUGAACAAGCCGCAGAUCGGCAUUUCCUCGGUGUGGUACGAGGGCAACCCCUGCAACAUGCACCUGAUGGACCUGGCUGCGGAGGUGAAGCGCGGCGUGGAGGAGAUGGGCAUGGUGGGCUACCGCUUCAACACCAUCGGCGUGUCGGAUGGCAUCUCCAUGGGCACCGACGGCAUGAGCUUCAGCCUGCAGAGCCGCGACCUCAUCGCCGACUCGAUUGAGACGGUCAUGAGCGCGCAGUGGUACGACGCCAACAUCUCCCUGCCAGGCUGCGACAAGAACAUGCCCGGCACCCUGAUGGCCAUGGCGCGCCUCAACCGCCCCUCGCUCAUGGUGUACGGCGGCACCAUCAAGCCCGGCCACAGCCGCAUGGAUGGCUCCGUGCUGGACAUUGUGUCGGCCUUCCAGAGCUUUGGCGCCUACUCCGCCGGCCUCAUCUCGGACUGCCAGCGUCAGGACAUUGUGCGCAACUCCUGCCCCGGCGCCGGCGCAUGCGGCGGCAUGUACACCGCCAACACCAUGGCCUCCGCCAUUGAGGCGCUCGGCAUGACGCUGCCGUACAGCUCCUCCAUCCCCGCGGAGGACCCGCUGAAGAAGGACGAGUGCCGCAUGGCGGGCAGGUACAUGCUGGAGCUGCUCAAGUCGGACCUCAAGCCGCUUGACAUCAUGUCGUACAAGGCGUUUGAGAACGCCAUGGUGCUGGUGAUGGCGACCGGCGGCUCCACAAACGCAGUGCUACACUUCAUUGCCAUGGCGCGCGCGUGCGGCGUGUCCCUGGGCCUGGACGACUUCCAGCGCGUGUCCGACCGGGUGCCCUUCAUCUGCGACCUCAAGCCCUCGGGCAAGUACGUCAUGGAGGAUAUCCACAAGGUUGGCGGCACCCCCGCGCUGCUCAAGUACCUGGACUCCAAGGGCUACAUCAACCGCGACUGCAUGACGGUCACCGGCAAGACCAUGGCGGAGAACCUGGCGCAGGUGCCGGAGCUGCGAGCGGGGCAGGACGUGGUGCUGCCGGUGGAGAAGCCCAUCAAGAAGACCGGUCACCUGCAGAUCCUGUACGGCAACCUGUCUCCCGAGGGCUCCGUGGCCAAGAUCACGGGCAAGGAGGGGCUGCGCUUCGAGGGCGAGGCGCUUGUGUUUGACUGCGAGGAGGACAUGAUUGCGAUGGUGGGCGCUGAGCCAAACAAGUUCCGAGGAAAGGUGGUGGUGAUCCGCUACGAGGGCCCCAAGGGCGGCCCCGGCAUGCCGGAGAUGCUCACCCCCACCUCGGCCAUCAUGGGCGCGGGUCUGGGCAAGGAAUGCGCGCUCAUCACGGACGGACGCUUCUCGGGCGGCAGCCACGGCUUCGUGAUUGGUCACGUUACCCCGGAGGCGCAGGUCGGCGGUCCCAUUGCCCUGGUGCAGAAUGGCGACAAGAUUGUGAUCGACGUGGAGAAGCACGUGAUGGACGUGAUCGUGUCGGAGGAGGAGAUGGCGGCGCGCCGGGCCGCGUGGGUGGCACCCCCGCUCAAGGCUUCCUCGGGCACCCUGUACAAGUACAUCAAGAACGUCUCCUCGGCCUCCCACGGCUGCGUGACCGACAUGUAAAUCUGGAGGGCAACCUUGCACCUGCUGCUUGCUAUGGAGCAGCUUACGACCAGGGCAAGGGAGCAGCUCUUUGACUUGCUCUUUGAAUUCGAUAGUUAAACAUGACAAGAGUUACAGUGGCGCUUGAGGCUCCACAACCGAACGGUGGGUGUUGACGUAUGGAAGGGGCCAGAUGUGCGCGGCGGUCUACGUGCGUGCAUCUGCACUAGCUGGGAGGCUGUAUUCGCCAGGUGUAUGCCGGGAAAACCCGGCACGAAUGCAGUCAUCCUGCGUACAUGGCUGCUAUGGGUUUAGCAUAGGACGGACUGACGGGUAUUAACGAGAGAGUUUUGGAGUUGAGGAGCACUGCACACAGUUUUGAGGAUAGAUGUUUUGGGGUACAUA